AUGUUUCCAUCAACUUUUUUAUUCAAGCAACUACCUAUUUUUAAAUCAAUUCCAGCAAAAGUGUUAAUAAAUGCUCAACACCAACAGCAAAUUCCAGCAAAAUUAUUAGUACCAAAUUAUAAAGCUAAAUCUAAUACUGGUUUACAUCAACUUAGAAUUCUUUCGUUACCACUUUCAAGUGCAAUGGGUAGAAGAAAAGCUACAAUUUUAGAUGUUCAUAAUUUUAUAUGGUCAUAUAUCAAGAGGCAUAAUUUAGAAGAUAAAUAUGAUGGUAGGUUAAUUUAUUGUGAUGAAAGAUUGAAAAAGAUUUAUGAUACAAAGAUAGUUACAUGUUUCAUCAGUUCAAACUUAGAUAUGUACAAACGAUUAAGUAAACAUAUGUAUGCACCAAAUGAAAUUGUUGGUCUUGGUAAAAAAUCAUUACCACCACCACCUAAAAUUAAUUAG